ACACACAGACACAGACACGGACACAGCAACCAACAAGUCGUCCAACGUCCAGGCUUUUCUGUUUUGUUUCUCUCUCACGCAAGUCGCAAAGCAAAGCGUCCCCCACCAUGGCUUCCACGACGACGACGGCAUCCAACAACCUGGCGGGCGUGUGGCUCGGCGAGCUCUCGUCGGCGCUGCAUGGGACGUGGCAGGCGGUGGCCGUGGCCGCCACCCACGGGCUCGGCGAGGACGACGACCCGCGGCUGCCGUGCCAGCAGCAGCAGAGGCCGUGGCGAGGCGACGACAGGAGCAGCAGCAACAACAAGGCGUUGCGAGGAGCCGCGGCGGCCGGGACGGACAGGCGGGAGGGGGACGUCGCGAGGUGCGGCGGCGCCAUGUCCGACACCACGCUCUACCUCCUCCUCGACCGGUUCGCGCCCAGCUGAGCGGGCCCCUUGCUCACCCGCCGCUGCCGCCGCCGCCGCCGCGAUCGAUCGGCGCGUGCUGUACUGUACAGGCGGAAUAACUGCACGUCUGCACGCCAUGGUUUCUGUAAAUAAAUGCUGUAUAUAAACUGCAAUGGCAUCUUGUGUUGCUUUCUGAA